AUGAAAAAGAAGAGAGUAUCAACUUAUCAAUUCCAGUGGUCAAGUCUAGCCUAUCAAAGAAACGAUUCCGUGGAGUCCGCAGACGACUGUCGACGAAAAUUCGUGGCACGGCAGCUUUUUCGCAAGCUAGCUAGGGAGAAGAAACUCGCGAACCCAUUACUCGAGAAAGGGCGUUUCAAAAUUUGGUGUGAUGAUCUACGGCCAGCUAAUGUGCUACUCAACGAGAACCCUACGCAAAUUACCGGGGUGGUAGAUUGGGAGUUUACAUACACAGCCCCCGUUGAAUUUUCCUAUGCGCCGCACUGGUGGUUGCUUAUUGAGAAGCCUGAGUUCUGGUCAAAGGGGAUUGAGGACUGGACAAGAGCGAUGAAGGAUUGUGAAGAUACAGUAAUCCAACAAGGUCGGUUAAGAGACGACCAGCAACUUUCCGGUCCUAUGUAUGAGAGCUGGGAGAGUGGUGAUUUCUGGAGUAUGUAUGCAGCGACGCAUAGCUUUGCCUUUGAUGAGAUUUACUGGCAGAAGAUUGACCCGCGGUUUUUUGGACCUUCCAAGGAUAUCGAGGGAGCAUGGAAAGAGAGAUUGGGCCUAUUAGAUGAGAAGGAAAGGGAGGAGAUGGAACGACUAGUCGCUCGGAAGUUGAUUGAGAUGGACAGCAGGAUUCUAUCGUGGGAUCCAGAUGAGUACACUCUGGCAUUUCACGAGCAAUUGAAGAGUCAAGAAAAAGCAAAAGCCGAGAACCGUGAGCCCGAUGAUACUGGGACCAAGUGA